GACUGUAGUUGGCCGUUUGUUUUGCUUUCAACUUUCCAUUUGUUUUUGUACCUAAUACGUUCAGGUCAUGUCGUAACAUUUUGUUUUUUCGAGCCGUAUCUAAAUUAAAUAUAAAUAAAGUGAAGUUUUAAAAGUUAAGCAUAGUUUAAAUUAUGUCGCUUCCAUCAAAAAUAACGCUAGGCAUAGCCGUUAGCGUAUCGGCGGCCAUUAUAGGUUAUGUGCACUAUAAACAGUCGGAAGACCGUUUAAAGCUGCAUCAGGGCGUGCUUCGCGACAUUGAGCAGCAACAGCGACGCAAGCAUGAAAAUACUUAUACCCUCCAGCAGCAAAUAGAUUUAACCAAACAGUAUAAGAGCAUGGAAUCCGCAAUGGUCAAUGUGGUGGGCGAGGGAGCCGAACAGAAGCCACCCUUGGAUGUAGAGCCGGCUGCACUGAAAGAUGCCUCACUUGAUCAACUGGCGCCGCCAACUUUGUGAAAAUUUAUCGUUUAUCAUUGGGAGUUGUGUUGUUACGUUCAGGAUAAUAUAAUCCAACGAUAGUUAUUUUUUUAUAAAUUAACAGAACUUAAAA